AUGUCUAAGGCUCAAAGGGGCUUACUAGUGAUUUUGAAAAGGGUAAGCUUCAAAAGAGAGGCUAUAAAGAUAAAAGAGAAACGUGACAAUGAGGUUAGCCUACCGGAUAGAGGUCUUAUUGGUUGGAGAGCUUCUCGAUGUCGUGCGAGCUUGCCUUCAGUUCAACAGAGUGGCGUGUCUGAUAAAGAUGUGUCACGUAAGAGGGCCGUUGUUGAAACUGAUCAUGAUGUUGGCCAUGUGAAACGUUCAAAAGUCAUAUGGAGGUCAUUUGGUUGUCAUAGCGACCCUGUGACCUAUCUGCCACAAGCCCUUACCAAAUUGAAACUACGACUUCUCCCAUACGAUUUCAAGGUCGUACCGACUCCUCAUCCGCUUGAGCUUCAUGAGGAGCUCGACAUUCAGGAUUCGUUUCCUUUUCCUGCCACGACUCCUAGGUCCUUAGGUCGUCAUAGCGACCCCGUGACCUACCACCACAGGCCCUUACCAGGUCAAACUACGACCUUCGCCCAUACGAUUUCAAGAAACCCCAGGUACAUGAGUUUAACUGCCGAAGUUCCGAUACAACCUCCACUAAGUAGCCAAGGGAAAAAUUCGUCAUUUGGACAAAAUUCUAAUUCAUCAUCUGCACACAAUUCUAAUUCAUCAUCUACACCCAAUUCUAAUUCAUCGUCUGCAAACAAUUCUAAUUCAUCACCUCCACCCAAUUCUAAUUCAUCAUCUAUACACAAUUCUAAUUCAUCAUCUACACCCAAUUCUAAUUCAUCAUCUACACCCAAUUCUAAUUCAUCAUCUGCAAACAAUUCUAAUUCAUCACCUCCACCCAAUUCUAAUUCAUCAUCUAUACACAAUUCUAAUUCAUCAUCUACACCCAAUUCUAAUUCAUCAUCUGCACACAAUUCUAAUUCAUCAUCUACACCCAAUUCUAAUUCAUCACCUCCACACAAUUCUAAUUCAUCACCUCCACACAAUUCUAACUCAUCAUCUCCACACAAUUCACCCAAUUUUAAUUCAUCAUCUACUGGUCAACUGGUGCUCAAUGUCGACGACUUUGGAGCCAAAGCAGACGACAAUAAUGCAGAUAAUUUCCAGGCAUUCAAGAAUGCUUGGGACAGAGCUUGUUGUUCUUCGAGGCCAGCAGAAAUAUUGGUGCCCGAACGAAAAACUUACUAUAUUAAGCAGAUAAAUUUUACUGGUCCCUGCCAAAGCAGCAUUUCUAUGGAGAUACGUGGAACAAUAAAAGCUUUUCCUGAAAUGCACAAGUUCCCCCAACGACGACUCUGGAUAAAGUUUGAGAAUGUAACAAACUUAGAGAUUUUUGGUGGUGGAACCAUUGAUGGUGAUGGGGUAUUGUGGUGGGCUAAUUCAUGUAAAAUCAAGAAAUCUCAGGCUGUGACAUUUGAGAACUGCACAAAUCUUAAAGUAAGCAAUUUAACGACAAUGAAUGCACAACAAAUGCAUGUGAAUUUUCAAGACUGUAAUGGUGUGGAGGCUUCAAAUCUAAUGGUAGUAGCACCAGAAAGUAGUCCUAACACAGAUGGACUUCACUUCACAAGGACAGCAGAUGUCAAUGUUCAUGAUUGUGUAAUAGGAACAGGUGAUGACUGUAUCUCCAUGGUAAAUGGAACAACUAAUGUUAAAUUGAGCAAUAUAUCGUGUGGGCCGGGACAUGGCAUCAGCAUUGGAAGUUUAGGUGAAGAUAACUUAACAAAUUACGUUUCAAAUAUAUAUGUGACGGGAGUAAUGCUGACAGGAACCAUGUAUGGAGUACGAAUAAAGACUUGGCCGGGAGGAAGUGGCUAUGCACAAAACAUAGUGUUCGAAAAUAUUAUGAUGACGAAUGUGUCCAACCCCAUAAUCAUAGAUCAAAACUAUUGCGAUGGAAACAAAAAUUGCCAAAUGCAGAAAUCAGCAGUACAAGUAGAGAACAUAAUAUACAGAAACAUAAGGGGCACGAGUGCUACAAAUGCAGCAAUCAAUUUCGAUUGCAGUAGCUGGGUUCCAUGCAGAAAUAUCGUACUAGAAAACGUGAAGCUAAGUGGCCUAACAGCCAGACCAAAAGUUCAAGCCGUUUGCAACAACCUCAACCUGACCACGGAAACUAAUUCUAUUCCAGGUUGCUAAUAGCACAAAA